GCAAGAAUCGCUGUGUCAGACUGUGCUCUAAACUUCAAACCUCACGUGUUACGAACUUUCUAGACGAGACUCCGCAUAAUUCGAAUCGAAGCAGAACUUCGAUUUGCUGUUUUCGUAUUGUAUCAGACGUGAAAUGACUCAUGGUUUACACGGGGAGGAAUAAAAGCGAUGUGCAGAAGUGGAGCCGGAUUCACAAUCAUCCCUCAUCAGCAGCGCGGACGGGCACAAACCAGAGUUAAACGAGCUAACAAUGAGCGGAUGAAAAGAAGAUUCGAGCAGCGCGGACCGUCAGUGCGUGAGUGACCCGGUGCGUGAGUGACCCGUGCGUGAGUGACCUGUGCGUGAGCUGGCAUGCGGCCGCUGGCGCGAUAAUGACGGCGGUCGGCAUGGCCACUAUCGGACCAUCGACGGUCGCCGCGGCGUCGACGACGCUCGUCCUGUUGCUCCUUGCUGCUCCCCACACCGACGCAUUGGAAUUAGGCUCAUGUGGAUCACCGUUGGGAAUGGAGUCAGGGGCUAUCAAGGAUUCUGCAAUUACAGCAAGUUCAGCUUAUGACUCAAGUAGUGUUGGACCUCAACAUGGAAGGCUUCGCAAUGACAAAAACGGAGGCGCCUGGUGUCCAAGACAAAUGGUGUCUCGAGAUGCCAAGGAAUAUUUGGAAAUAAACUUAGAAGAGUUGUACGUGAUAACAGGCUGCCGCACUCAGGGACGAUUUGGGAAUGGCCAAGGGCAAGAAUAUGCCGAAGAGUACAUGAUAGAAUAUUGGAGGCCAAAUUUUACAAAGUGGAUUAGAUGGAAAAACCGCGCUGGGAAAGAGCUUUUACCUGGAAAUACAAACACUUUCACGAUCGUAGAUCAGAAGCUUGAUCCUCCUGUAAUAGCCUCGAAAAUUCGCUUCCUUCCAUACAGCGAUCACGUGCGUACAGUUUGCAUGCGAACCGAACUUGUUGGCUGCAAAUGGACAGACGGUCUGCUGAGCUAUGAUGUGCCGCAGGGACUCCAUCGAGGUCCAGAAUUAGACCUCACCGAUCGCACUUACGACGGCAGGGAAGAAGGUGGCCAUCUUUCGCGAGGAUUGGGGCAACUGGUCGACGGACAAAAGGGACAGGAUAACUUCAGACUUGACCUCGCAGGACAUGGCAAAGGGUAUGAGUGGGUAGGAUGGCGUAACGACACCCCUGGAUGGUCAGGCCACCCUUUGGAGAUGCGAUUUGAGUUCGACAAAGUACGCAACUUUUCCGCCGCUCAUCUGCAUACUAACAACCUUUUCACCAAGGAUGUACAGGUGUUCUCGCAUGCCCGAGCAUUUUUCAGUGUGAACGGAAAUUUAUUCAACGGUGAGCCUGUUCAUUUUUCGUACAUGCCGGACCUGGUUUUGGAACAUGCCCGUAAUGUCACGAUCAAACUCCACCACCGUCUCGGCCGAUUCCUCAAACUUCAACUAUACUUUGCUUCACGAUGGAUCUUGCUCAGUGAAAUCUCUUUUGACUCCGUGGUGAUAACAGGCAAUUUUACGGAGACGACGGAGGACAUACCAAUUCCAGACUCCGGCAAGGAAUAUCCGUUACAGAGAGAUGAAGUUAAAAGUACGUCCAGUAAAGUAAAUCGUAAUACUACUGGAGUUUCCACAAAAACCGGAACUAAUGAAGAACCUAAGCACUACAUUGGUUUCGUUAUUGGUGUCCUUACGGUUGUAAUAUUGAUCCUCGUAGCAGCGAUUGUGUUUAUCGUGUUUCGAAAUCAACGACUCAAAACGACCACAGGGCUUACGGCCGUGCCUAGAUUGGAGAAACGAAUUGAAUCCGACAAGAUGGCAAUGGAAGACUGCGACAAAUCAGCACUUUACGUUGAAACUUGCGAGACAAAUCUCUACGCUCGUCAGACACACGCAAAUAGCCCCGACUACACAGAAGUACCGGACCUGGUCUGCCAAGAAUUCACUGUUCCUCACAUGAUGGACAAGCAGCAAGCAUUCUCACAAUCAUCCCGGGCGCCUCCGCCGAUGUUGAACUUCCUGCCGAAACCACCACCCGUGCCGCCACCUCCGGCAAGUUACUACACAGAGCGAGAUAUAUGCAGUCCUCUUCCGCUGGUGGCGUCACCGGCCCUGUCGUCCCCUCUGGGGCCAUGCAGGUCCAAAAUUAACCGCCAUUUCAUGCUGCCCCUGAGUCCGGAACCGGAUGAUUGCUCCGAUCAGGACGAAGACGUAGUUAUCGAAAUUUUCCCGCGUGAACAAUUAAGAAUAAUCGAAAAACUAGGCGACGGCCCGUUCGGAGACGUGCAUUUGUGUGAAGUGCUAGCGGAUAAUGGCAAAUUCAGUGAUUGCAAGUUCGUGGUUGUGCAUACCCUGAGGCUGGAAACUUACAGGGAUGAGUUUAAUAAAGAAGUGAAGGCGCUAGCCAAACUGAAUGAUCCGAAUAUUGCUCGUCUGUUGGGUGCUUGUCUCAACACUGAACCUAUAUGUGCAGUCAGGGAGUACGCGCCGAUGGGAGAUUUGUGCCAAUUUUUGCAAGAUCACGUCGCCGAGACGGCCACCCCACUUGCUCCUACUGCCAAAACGUUAAGUUAUGGCUGCCUUAUUUACAUGGCAACUCAAAUAGCAUCUGGUAUGAAGUAUUUGGAAUCUCUGCGGUACGUUCACAAGGACUUGGCGGCGAGAAAUUGCCUCGUGGGAAGACGUUACGAAAUCAAAGUUUCCGAUCUGGGAUCGUAUCGGCAGUUGUACAGUUCAGAUUAUUGUCAAAUUGAAGAGUCUCGACCUCUGCCGAUUCGUUGGAUGGCAUGGGAAAGUGUGCUGUUGGGCAAAUUCUCGAGCAAAAGUGACGUAUGGUCCUUCGCCGUCUUGCUGUGGGAAAUAAUGACAUUCGCCAGAGAACAGCCUUUCGAGGAGUUAAGCGACGAUAAAGUUAUAGAAAAUGUCACUCAUUUCUACCAGGACGACGGCAAACACGUCUUGCUGAGCACGCCAAUCAAUUGUCCUAAAGAGAUAUUCGAUCUAAUGUGCGAAUGUUGGCAAAGAAAUGAAUCUGACAGGCCAAACUUCCGAGAGAUCCAUUUAUUUCUACAGAGAAAAAACUUAGGUUACAAUCCUGAGCUUCACUGACAUCUGCUAAUGAUGUACAUUAUUGACAAUAAAUUGAAAGAAUUGCGUGAUAUAUUCCACCUUUAAUAGUGGCGAAUCAUAAUCGUUAUUCUAAAAUGCUGUAUAAUAAUGUUGAACAUAUAUUAUUCGACGCAGUUGUUACCGCUAAUACCAGUUAUCACUUGCGCUUCAUUGAUAGUACGCUUAAAUCUGCGUUCGUGCCUUCUAUAUUCUCCUUACAUCUCAUCGCAUUUUACUUACGAGUAAUAUCCAUAUCACUCAAUUCAGAAAAUGACUUUAACAAAGAUCUCUGCUAACAUAAAAACUCUCGUUUUAGGUAUAUUGCUAUCUCUACGUCUUGUGAUACUAUUUUUAUUUAUCUUUUUGAUAUAAUGUGCAAUAUAAAGCUGAAAGCAUUUAAUGAUGUAUUAAAGAUAAUAGUUUGUUAAGUGUGUUACAGUUUCUGUUAAUUAAUUUUGUGAUGAUGAAUUUUUAAAGUAAUAAUUAUUUUAUUAUGUAUGAUUCUUUGUAUUUUGUGACGUAAUUUGUAUACGGAUGUUUCGACAACAACUUUUGAGUGUUUGAAAAAAUCGUCAAGAAAAAUAAAACGAAUUAUAUGAUGUAAGCGCAAAAAUAUUUGCUUCCUUGUGUACAAAUAUGUUGUUUCCUUGUAGGCCUAAUACAACGUUAGAAAUUAAAAAUUUUGUAACGAAUAGAAUUUUGAGUUUUAUUUUUAUAUCUUACAACGUCUACAGUUAAAAGUUUAAAAAUAAAACUGUCACCAUUAUGUACUAUUUAUUAUAGAUUAUAAAAUAAUAUGUAAAACUCUUAACGAAUAAUUAUUAUGAACUGCCUGUAUUGUCGACUGAAUAAAUAGUGCAAAUGAUUACAAAAAGCAUUCAUAUCAUGAUAGUAUUAUAAACUAUAAUGUAAAUAUGUAUCUAUGUAAAACGUAUUUCUUUUGGGUUUUAUACUUUUAACAUGAUUACACAUUGUUUGUUAACACUGGUAAACUGGACCAAUAAAACAUAUUAAAAUUA